AUGAUGUGGCCCCCAUCAGUCACUUUCUCUCUGUCCCUGCUGCUGCUGCUAGGCCAAGCCCCAUCUGGCAGGCCACAGUCAUCAGGCACCAAGAAGCUCCGGCUGGUGGGUCCAGCAAACAGGCCAGAGGAGGGCCGCCUGGAGGUGCUGCACCAGGGCCAGUGGGGCACUGUGUGUGACGAUGACUUCGCUCUCCAGGAGGCUACAGUGGCCUGCCGGCAGCUGGGUUUUGAGUCAGCCUUGACCUGGGCACACAGUGCCAAGUAUGGCCAAGGGGAGGGCCCCAUCUGGCUGGACAAUGUACAUUGUUUGGGCACCGAGAACACCCUGGACCAGUGCACAUCUAACGGCUGGGGUGUCAGUGACUGCAGACACUCGGAAGAUGUUGGGGUGGUAUGCCACCCACAGCGCCAGCGUGGCUACCACUCUGAGAAGGUCUCCAAUGCCCUUGGGCCCCAGGGCCAGCGGCUGGAAGAGGUGCGGCUCAAACCCAUCCUCGCCAGUGCCAAAAGGCACAGCCCUGUGACUGAGGGGGCUGUGGAGGUGCGGUACGAGGGCCACUGGAGGCAGGUGUGUGACCAGGGCUGGACCAUGAACAACAGCAGGGUUGUGUGCGGGAUGCUGGGCUUUCCCAGCCAGGUACCUGUCAACCAUCACUACUACAGAAAAGUCUGGAAUCUGAAGAUGAAGGAUCCCAAGUCUAGGCUGAAUAGCCUGACAAAGAAGAACUCCUUCUGGAUUCAUCGGGUUGACUGUCUGGGGACAGAGCCCCACUUGGCCAAGUGCCAGAUACAGGUGGCUCCAGGAAGGGGCAAGCUUCGGCCAGCCUGUCCAGGCGGCAUGCACGCUGUGGUCAGCUGUGUGCCGGGGCCCCACUUUCGCCCACAGAAAUCGAAGCCCAGGCGCAAGGAGUCCCAUGCAGAGCAGGAGCUGAAGGUGCGCCUGCGCUCUGGGGCUCAGGUGGGUGAAGGCCGUGUGGAAGUGCUCGUGAACCGCCAGUGGGGCACAGUCUGUGACCACAGGUGGAACCUCAUCUCAGCCAGCGUCGUGUGCCGUCAGCUUGGCUUUGGCUCUGCCAGGGAGGCCCUUUUUGGGGCCCAGCUGGGCCAAGGGUUAGGACCCAUCCACCUGAGCGAGGUACGCUGCCGGGGGUACGAGCGGGCCCUGAGUGACUGCCUUGCUCUAGAAGGGUCCCAGAAUGGUUGUCAACAUACAAAUGACGCUGCUGUCAGGUGCAACAUCCCCGACAUGGGCUUUCAAAAUCAGGUGCGCUUGGCUGGCGGGCGCAACCACGAAGAGGGAGUGGUGGAGGUGCAGGUGGAGGUGAAUGGGGUCCCACGCUGGGGGACUGUAUGCAGUGACCACUGGGGGCUCAUGGAAGCCAUGGUUACCUGCCGACAACUUGGCCUGGGAUAUGCCAACUUCGCUAUCAAGGAUACCUGGUACUGGCAGGGAACACCAGAGGCCAAGGAGGUGGUGAUGAGCGGGGUUCGCUGCUUGGGCACAGAGCUGGCCCUUCAGCAGUGUCAGAGGCAUGGGCCUGUGCACUGCUCCCAUGGCCCAGGACGCUUCUCAGCAGGGGUCGCCUGCAUGAACACUGCCCCAGACCUUGUGAUGAAUGCCCAGCUGGUACAAGAGACGGCCUACUUGGAGGACCGUCCGCUCAGCAUGCUGUAUUGUGCGCAUGAGGAAAACUGCCUCUCAAAGUCUGCUGACCUCAUGGACUGGCCCUACGGACACCGGCGCUUGCUGCGCUUCUCCUCACAGAUCUACAACCUUGGCCGGGCCGACUUCCGUCCCAAGGCUGGUCGCCACAGCUGGAUUUGGCACCAGUGCCACAGGCACUACCACAGCAUUGAAGUCUUCACCCAUUAUGACCUGCUCACGCUCAAUGGCUCCAAAGUGGCUGAGGGGCAUAAGGCCAGCUUCUGUCUAGAAGACACAAACUGCCCCACAGGAGUGCAGCGGCGUUAUGCGUGUGCCAACUUUGGGGAACAGGGAGUGGCUGUAGGCUGCUGGGACACGUACCGGCAUGACAUCGAUUGCCAGUGGGUGGAUAUCACAGAUGUUCGUCCAGGGGACUACAUCUUCCAGGUGGUUGUGAACCCCACAAACGAUGUGGCGGAGUCCGAUUUCUCCAACAACAUGGUGCGCUGCCGCUGCAAGUAUGACGGGCAGCGAGUCUGGCUGCACAACUGCCAUACAGGAGAUUCCUCCCGACCCAAUGCAGAGCUCUCCCUGGAGCAGGAACAGCGACUCAGGAACAACCUGAUCUGAAGCCAGUACUGCACAGUCCCAGCUCAGCUACACACCAGAUACCUCAGCUUACGGGAGCCGUGCCCUUCACAGAGCCCCGGCGCACAGGACAAGGGGCCAGUGACAAGGAGCACCGAGAACCUGCUCAGGAAGCAUUUUGAUGGCCAGAUCACCACCCUGGAUGGCAGCACUCUCAGGAUGGCUCUAAGCCUCUUCCUAGUGCCUAUGGCCUAUAUAGCAUGGCCUUGAAGCUUUGGCCAGCUAAGCCUUCUCUUCCUUAAGGAGACUCAAUCUGUUUUAAAACGUGAUGCACAGUUCUCAGUUUCAGAAGCUCUAAGUUCCGUAGGGAUGAACUGUGGCCAACGCCCCAUCUGAGUGGUGCUCUGAGGACCACUUAGAUGUCCUGGAGGAGCGAGGACA